AUUUAUAUAUCUUUCAGGUGGUGAGACUUCAGUAUUAGUAGCUGAGGAAAAUGUAAGCACUGCAAAGUAUGGAAGUCAAGCUCAGGAGGCAGAUACCAGUAGAAUUUCUCAAAUAAAGGAGAAUUUGGUGGAUGUUAGGAAAGCUGAGCUUAAGGAAGGUGAUUCAGUUUUCCCUAUGCAAGACAUAUUUUGUGCCAGUGAUUCCAGCAAGGUUAAAAGUGGUGGUAAUAUUGAACUUAAUAUCACUGAUGACAACAGUUUUGAUUACUGUUUACUCCAGUGUCAGUCAUGCGAUUCAUACUUUGUUGAUAGAUUAAGCUUAACAAAACAUUUACAGUCUUGUGAUACAAGUAAAAUGUGUAGGAAAUGUUUCUUGAUCUUUGAAAAUCAUUCUCAGCUUGCCUUUCACUUGCACACCAAGAAGCAUAACGUCAAAAUCCAACAUACAUCAGUUUAUGUGUCCUUUUCAGAAUUACAGCAGCUGAGGGCAGAGGGUCGAGUUAAAGUGAAAAAAACUGAAGACAUUCAUAAAAUAAAAAAAAGACAGACAUUGUGCAAAACAGAUAAAUUAUCAGGAAUAUGUCAUAACUUAAAGAUUUCAGAUUCAGAAAACAAAAGUGCAAAAUCUGCUAUGAUAAUGACUUCGCAAAGAAAGAAAGAUAAUCUUUCAAUAUUAAUGAACCCCUCAAAUACUUCACUGAAAGCUGUUGAUAAUAUAUCACAGAAUUCUGAUGUGAAAGUUUAUCCUCCUUCGGAGACAGCAGAGGAAUUCUUAAUAUCACCGAGGGCUCAAGUAACUGCUGAAGAGUGUUACAAGGUUCCAAUCUCAAGUUCAGAAACAAAAGAAGCCAAGAGAAGGGAUGAGUUGUUGGAUGCCCCAGCCCCAGUAGAGUCCACUGAAGAGCCUAAAUUAUUGGGAAAUUCAUUUCUAAAACAGAGCCAUGUAAAACAAAGCCGAUCACUUGAUCAAAGCAGCAGCAGUAAUGCAGAUGUAAUGAAAAGUGCAGAAAAGUCAUCUGUCAAUGGUAGAAGUCUUGCUGUUAUAUUGUGUAACAAGUGCAAGAUGUACUUUUUAUGCAGGAAAAGUAUAAAUAAGCAUAAUUCCAAAUGUAUAUUAAAGAAAAAUUCUUGUUUAGUUUGUAGAAGAGUUUUUAGUUCCAGUUACCUUCUUAAUCAGCAUAUUUCAAGUGCUAGGCAUAUUGCCUCGUAUCUCACUACUUCCUUUGUAUCUCGGCAAAAACUGGAGCAUUUGAUUCAUAGGAGAAGAGUGUAUAAAGAUGAUAUUAAUAUGUACACCUUUAAUUCUGCAAAAACAUUUAGGAAAAUAGUUAGUCCAUCUAAAGGAAAAGGUUCAAAGACAAAAUGUUGCACAGUUGAAGCACAGAAUAGUAAGGCAGAAUCCUCCAAAGUUUUACUGGAGAAGAACACAGAUUUUCAGCUUAACCUUGAGGAAAUGAUAGUGGUGGAUCAGUAUGUAAAUAUAUCAUUCCUCAAUAAAAAAUCUACUAAUGAAGACAAUAUUUCAAGUUCAUUAAGAGAGGAGCUUAAGGAAAUUAAUAAUCUUCAGCAUGUUAAAAAUGCUAACAGUAAGCUGUUACAAGAGGAUGUUACUUGCAAACUAGUGCAAGAAAAAGAUGCUGCCAAUAAACUAAUGCAAGAAAAAGAUCCUGUUGGCAAACUAGUGCAAGAAAAAGAUGCUGCCAAUAAACUAAUGCAAGAAAAAGAUCCUGUCGGCAAACUAGUGCAAGAAAAAAGUACUGCAAGUAAACUAGUGCAAGAAAAAGGUACUGCAAGUAAACUAGUGCAAGAAAAAGGUACUGCAAGUAAACUAGUGCAAGAAAAAAGUACUGCAAGUAAACUAGUGCAAGAAAAAGGUACUGCAAGUAAACUAGUGCAAGAAAAAGAUGCUGCAAGUAAACUAGUGCAAGAAAAAAGUACUGCAAGUAAACUAGUGCCAGAAAAAGGUGCUGCCACAAAACUAGUGCAAGAAAAAGGUGUUACCAGUCAACUAAUGCCUAAAAUAGAUGCUGCUCAUAUGACAGUAGCAGGAAAGGGUGACACAAGUACACCAGUACAAAAAAUAAUGACUAGUACAGUUGUACAAGAAAAGAGGAUGACCAGUAUACCAGUACAAGAAAAGACUACUCAUACACCUGUACAAGAAAAAACUACCAGUACACCUGUACCAGAGAAAACAGUGACCAGUACACCAAUGUCAGAAAAGGUGACAAGUACACCAGUGCAAGAAAAGAUUACCAGUAUAUCAGCACAAAAGACUACCAGUAGACAAGUAAAAGAAAAAAUGUGUACACUGAUGCAAGAAAAGACACAGACCCAUACACCUUUAAAAUUAAAGAUGACCAGUACACCAGUACAAGAAAAGAAGACUACCAGUACACCAGUACAGGAAAAGAAGACUACCAGUACACCAGUACAAGAAAAGAAGACUACCAGUACACCAGUGCAAGAAAAGAAGACUACCAGUACACCAGUACAAGAAAAGAAGACUACCAGUACACCAGUACAAGAAAAGAAGACUACCAGUACACCAAUACACAAAAAGACGACUCUUGGUACACCAGUACAAGAAAAGAAGACUCUUGGUACACCAGUACAAGAAAAGAAGACUCUUGAUACACCAGUACAAGAAAAGAAGACUCUUGAUACACCAGUAAGAGAAAAGGGUACCAGUAUACCUGUACAAGAAAAGAUGACCAGUACACUGGCACAAGAAAAAAAGACUACCAGUACACCAGUACAAGAAAAGAAGGCUGUUGGUACACCAGUACAAGAAAAGGGUACCAGUAUGCCUGUACAAGAAAAGAUGACCAGUACACCAGUACAAGAAAAGAAGACUCUUGGUACACCAGUACAAGAAGAGCCGACUCUUGGUUCACCAGUACAAGAAAAGACAACUCGUAAUACACCUGUACAAGAAAAGACGACUCGUAAUACACCAGUACAAGAAAAGGGUACCAGUUUACCCGUACAAGAAAAGAUGACCAGUACACUGGUACAAGAAAAGAAGACUACCAGUACACCAGUACAAGAAAAGAAGACUCUUGAUUUACCAGUACAAGAAAAGACGACUCUUGGUACACCAGUACAAGAAAAGAAGACUACCAGUACACCAGUACAAGAAAAGAAGACUCUUGGUACACCAGUACAAGAAAAGAAGACUACCAGUACACCAGUACAAGAAAACAAGACUCUUGGUACACCAGUACAAGAAAAGGGUACCAGUAUACCUGUACAAGAAAAGAUGACCAGUACACUGGUACAAGAAAAGAAGACUACCAGUACACCAGUACAAGAAAAGGCCAGUACAUCUGUACAGAAGAAGAUAACCAUUACACCUGUGCCAGAGAAGAUAAUCAGUACACCUGUACAGGAGAAGAUAAUCAGUACACCUGUACUAGAGAAGAUAAUCAGUACACCUGUACAAGAGAAGAUAACCAGUACACCUGUACAAGAAAAAACUAAUACAUCUGUGCAAAAAAAGAAGACAACUAGUAAACCUUUACUAGAAAAAAGUACUGGAACACCAUUACAAGAAAUGAUGACCAGUACACUUGUACAAGACAAGAUUCCUAGUACACUAGUAGAAAAAAAGGCCAGCACACUAGUACAAGAAAAUACCUCUAGUAAACUAGCAUCAAAAGAUGAACUUGCUGUCAUUUGCACAGAAAAUUCUCAAGAUAUUUCUGAAAUUGUAAAGAAAAAAAACCUUGCUGGGAAAGACAAGAAAAACACCGGUAAGCUGGUAAAAGAUAAUUCAGUCAUAAGUAAAAUAAUACAAGACAAAAGUAAUACCAUUAAUGUGGUACCAGACAAAAGUGACACUAUUAAAGUAAUACCAAACAAAAGUGAUACCAUUAAACCAGUACCAAACAAAAGUUAUGCCAUUAAACUGGUACCCAAUAAAAGUUAUGCCAUUAAACUGGUACCAAGCAAAAGUUAUGCCAUUAAACUGGUACCAGACCAAUGUGAUACCAUUAAACCAGUACCUAACAAAAGUGACACCAUUAAACAAGUACCAAACAAAAGUGACACCAUUAAACUGGUACCAGACAAAAGUGACACCAUUAAACUGGUACCAGACAAAAGUGACACCAUUAAACUGGUACCAGACAAAACCAUUAAACUGGUACCAGACAAAAGUGACACCAUUAAACUGGUACCAGACAAAAGUGACACCAUUAAACUGGUACCAGACAAAAGUGACACCAUUAAACUGGUACCAGACAAAAGUGACACCAUUAAACUGGUACCAGACAAAAAUAAUACCAGUAAAUUAGUGCAAGACAAAUUUUACCUGAAGAAACUGAUACAAGUCAUAAGUGACCCUGGAAAAUCAGUUCAAGACAAACAUAGCCCUGGUAAACCAGAGAAAGAAAAAAAUGUUACCAGUCAACUGAUACAAAGUAAGCAUGGCUGCAGUGAACUGCUACAAAACAAUCAAGAUCCCAGUAAACUUCUAAAUGUCUCUCAUAAUGUAGACCUGGGGAGUAUUGCAGGUACUUCUGCUAAUUUAAUGCCACUAGGCAUUAAUGAUGUUACAAAAACAAAUGAGACACAAGAAUAUGUUACUAACAUACAUUCAUCCAAAAAAAGUGGGAUCAAGAGAAAAAAAACAUUUAACUGUCCCAUGCCAAAAUCUAAAAAAAUAGAAAAGGAACAAAAAUAUUUGCCAGUGGCACACCGGUCUCCUAGUAAGCGUAGAAGUGUUCGUUUGGAGAAAGUCACUAAUGACUGUCCUGGCUGUUCAGAGCCAAUAGAUUUUACAACAUUCAUAUUAAAUACAGUGACAUAUGAAUUAUCUUUUUGGUGCAGAAAAUGUGCCUGGGAUAUUAUGUUCUUAGACUUUAUAGGACCUAUUAAGUCUUAACAAUAAACAUUUAAAAAGGGCAUUGCAAUGUAAACUCAAGACUAGUUAAUGGCAUGAUCCUUGUACUUCACAACUCAUAUUUUCUCUUAACUGUUAUUAUGAUGUACCUGAAGCUACUAUUAUAAGAAAUUUCAAAUAAGAUGGCCUAUGUAUUUUUAUAAUUAUUUUAUGAAUCUACAUACUGAUAGGUAGUACCAAUUCUGAAUCGCACAUACAAGGUGCUAUCAAAAGUUCCUGGACUGCUGCAAAAAGUACAUAUGCUUACUUAAUCACCUAGUUGAAGUAGUCUCCCCUGAAAUACUUUCCUUGGUAGGCUAUGUACUCAGCCCAUCGCAUCUGCCACUUCCCGAAACAUUUCUGAAACUUUUCUUUCCUAAUGGCAUCUAGUGCAGCCUGUGAUUCUGCUGAAUCUCCUCCAUGUCAUUAAAAUGCUGCCCCUUGAGUGUUACUUUUAUUUUUUGGGAAGAGAACGAAGCCACAGGAGGGCUAGAUCUGGGAAGUAGGGCAGGUGGGGAAUGACUAUCAUGUUGUUUUUGGCAUUUCUCAUUUUGAGUCAGCAAGUGGGGCAAAAAUUUUGCAGCCACUCGCCUCAGAUUCAAAUUUUCAGUCAAAAUGCUGUGGCACAAUCCAUAAAUUCUCACAGCGUUUGCCGUGGCCUGGAUACUGUGAUGAUGGUCGUUGUGAGUAACUUUCCUCACUUUUUUAGUGUUGAAGGCUGUAUGACCCUUGUAGGUUUAGCACUUCAUUUUGAUUAUAAUAAUUUAAUGUUGACGUC